AUGCCGCGAUGCUCCGAUGCUGCUCGCUGCCCACGCACGUGCCGGAGUAAUUGUGUAAGUGUGACCCACGCAAAAACGUAUAAAAACGCAAGCUUGCUGCCUCUCUCUCCUUCCAACACUCACCCGCUCUACUACUACCACCCCAAAACCUUUUACGAACUACCAUGCGUUUCGCCACCGUCUUCACCAUCCUCGCCGCCCUUGUCGCCGGUGCCACCGCCGUCCACGUUCAGGAGGGUCGCUGCUACCCCGACUACUGCCACUGCGGCGAGUCCAGCUGCUCCCCCGACAGCCCUGCGUGCUGCGCCAACGGCAGCUGCCCCUGCUAGACGUCGACCGUCUCGCACACCGAAGACCGGAGAUCGGGUGUGGAGUCUUAUGUGUGGUCGCUGUUCAUGUACCGCGGAGUGGACUCGGAAAACUACAAUGCUAUUCGCUUCAGUGUUGGCAAUUUUGGGGCACGUCUAA